UGCUCUGUGCUCUGUGCUCUGUGCUCUGUGCUUUUGGGGCUCGCUCACCUUGGUCAAUCGGUCUGCACCUGCGCUUUCCAUCCCCCUCCACCUCCACCUCCACCUCCACCUCUCUUCUUCACCCACCCGCGUCACCCGCCUCGUAGUUAAUUCAUCCACCAACCUAGAGUCAAGCCCCAUACAACCUCAACUUCUUCUCUACUAUUUUAACCAAGAAGCGCUUCCGUCUCUUCAAACCGGCAUUGAGUCAUCACAUUUUCAGUCUUUUGCGCUCACCUUCAUUCAUCUCGGGCUUCUUGUCCAUUUUGUGUGGCCGCAGUCACUCACAUCGAACUACUCCACCUGCUUCGUUUAACCUUGCCUCAACCUCAACCACCGCCUCUGAAGGUUCACGAUGGAUUUCACCGGGCAAUACAACUUUGCCAACCCUCAGCCCUAUCACCAGUUCAUGCCGAUUCCUCCUCUGACGCCGUCACACUCGCAUUCCGCCGGCUCCGAUGACUUCAAUGCAUCCCCGCCUGAAAACUACGACGGCCUCUCUACCAGUCAAAAUGACCAGUUCCAGUCUUUCGAUUAUACCACCGCCCAAGGUUUCAAUGCAAACCCCCAUCAGCCUGCCUCUGGUUUCCCAGGGCCCCCGACACCUCCCGGCUAUGCUUCUCAAGUCCAAGCCCACCAACAGCAAGGAGGCUCAUUGAGGAAUGGCUCUCCUGACGAGCAAUCCGUUGCUCGUGGGGGCAGCGAGGAGGACGAGAACCUAACUCCUGCUCAGUCUCGGAGGAAAGCACAGAAUCGCGCAGCGCAGCGUGCCUUCCGUGAGAGGAAAGAAAAGCAUGUCAAAGAUCUCGAGGCGAAGCUUGCCGGCCUUGAGGCCGCCCAGCAACAGUCGUCCCUCGAAAACGAACGUUUAAAGCGAGAUCUCCAGAAAAUAUCUACCGAGAACGAAAUCCUUCGCGCGACAUCGCACAUGAGCCAUGGCUCCAUCUCACCAGAGCCUGCAACCGGGCCUCUGCGCUUCAAACCUACCGACUUCUACUCCAAUGUCUUGCAGAAUCACACAAAUAAGUCGCCCUCACACCGCAUUGUUACCUCAGACGAUGGCGAACGUCUCCUCGCUGCCGGUGCAACAUGGGACUUUAUCAUAUCUCACGAAUUGUUCAAGAAAGGCCUAGUUGACAUUGCCGAUGUAAGCGAGCGCCUCAAGAACUGCGCUAGGUGUGAUGGCCAAGGUCCUGUCUUCUCGGAGCGUUCAAUCACCAAUGCCAUUGAACAAAGUGUCGCCAGUGGCACUGAUGACCUUCUCUAAAUGAGCGACAAGGCGUAAAAGGGGCAAUUGGGAAGAAAGGAUACAUAAAUGGCCUCAUUAUGAUUGACGUAUAUUACGCUGAGAGACUAAGUGGAAGGAAGAUGAUACCCCGCCCGUCGGGGCUUUUUGGCGUGGCGUUUUGUAUUCAAGGUUUUACGUUGGGCUCCGAGAAAUUUUGGACUGUUCUUCGAAGACACGCAGCAAAUGUCUGCCAUAUCUAUGGCCAAGCUGUAGUUCAUAUAUAUAUAUUUAUCAAAGACAAGUAUAUUGAGUUGCAAAAAUGAUG